UCGCGCAGUAUUUGCCUCCUCGGCGCGGGCAGCGUGUCCACUUACAUGGACGACGACUUGACUCUGCGACAAGCUCAUAGGAACUAAACUAUCAGCCCCACUUUUAACUGAGAGCAGUAGUCACUAAGCCGCGACAAGUCUACCUAAACUGUACGCGACUUCGUGUGCCGGGCGUUAUCGCAUCGGUGCCACCUGUGUACACCUGACUGAAAUAUCUGGGCUGCACACUGCUUUUGAAGAUUUUGUUGUUCAGCUCGUAGCAAUCCCUGCCAGCUCGGGUUUUGAUGGGCCUCAGCUCCGCCGGUCCGCCCCCUCCCCUCUCAAGCCCCUAGCCAACACACGCACGGCCAUGUACGCGGCGCCGCUGCACCAGCUGGUCAGCAUCCCCGCCUCCCACUACUGCGACCGGGCGCGAUGGGCUCUUGACCUGGCUGGAAUCCCUUUCGCCGAGUACGGCUGGCCGCCAUUGCUGCACUACCGAGGCACCAUGCCCUCCGGCGGCAAGUCCGUCCCCGUGCUGAUAGCGCCGCGCGGCGACGCCGCGGCCGUUGCUGCGGCCGCUCAUGCGGUAUCCGACGUCGAUGCCCGCCCUAUCACGUUGCCUGGCAAGGUGCCAGCAGGUGGCAACGGGGAUGGUCAGGGGAAUGCGAAGGCGGGUGCGAAGCCCCGUAGCCCGCCCAAGCCGGGCGUGUUGGUGGACUCGGCAGACAUCGUGCAGUACGCGCACCUGCGCUUCCUUGAGAGGGCCCAGCGGGCUCAGGCAAAGCAGGGCAGCGGAGGCGCUGGCGCCGGCGUUGCUAGCAGCGGAGGGGCAGCAGCAGCUACCGCUGGUGGUGAUGACGGCGGUGCCGGGGAGUCGCCGCUGUACCCUUCGGACCCGGCCCAGCGCAAAGAGGUCUACGAGCUGGAGGAGUUGUUCGGUCGCAGGCUGGGCGUGUGGACACGAGUCAUCGCCUACCAGUGGCUCUUCCAGGACAGAGGCAUGGCGCUGGACACGCUGGGGCUGCGGCAGACCGGCACCAUGUCGGGCUGGAAGCUGCUGGGGCUGCGGAUCCUGUUCCCAAUCAUACGCACUGGCGUGUCCAAGGGGCUGCGGGUGAAUGCGGAGAGCGCGGCCAAAGCCCUGGAGCGCACCCGGGAGCUGUUUCGGGAGGUGGAGGCCCGCCUGGCUCGGCCCGGCUCUAACGGCUACCUGGUGGGCGGCCGCUUCACAGCCGCCGACCUGGCGUUUGCAGCCAUGGCGUCGCCGGUGCUGAGUCCGCCGCAGUAUGGCGCCUACCUGCCUCCACAGGAGGCGUGGCCAUCGGACUUCCCGCUGCACGAGCUGCGCCGCACUCCCGCGGGCCAAUACGCCCUGCGCAUGUACGCGCAGCACCGCAAGCCACAGGCUCCGCCGGACCCGCAGCCGCAGCCACUGGCAGCUGCAUCGGCAUCAGCAUCGGCAUCGGCGUCGGACCCGGCCGGACUGUCAAAGCAGAGCCGCCUGUGAGGAAGCCGCCGAUGCCGCGGCGGGCAUGGCGGGCGGAUCACGUGGUUUGGGCAAAGGCGGGGGAGGGGGCAAGCGUGUUUCGCUUGGGGCAAUGGAUGUGCGUGCGAUGGGGGAAUGGAUGUGAUUUGGGGUGGGGGGAUGAGCAUCGUCAGUUGCCGGAUCGCACUGCACCUGAUACACGGUACAUACCGUAUGUGGGGGUGGGGCUGGGCUUCCCUGGUCUGGGGCUACGCGGGCAUGGUGCAGCGGAGACGGGGGCCGGGGCGUAAUGCGGGGGCGAACGCCGCAACGUGUUGUGCUGCUGAGUUUUGAUUGAUGACAGCCCGGCACUGCACGCACGCACUGAGCACUUGAUACCACUGGGACGCUGCGGGCUUGUGCGGUGCUUUGCUAGCUGGUGUAAAGAGCAACACGCAGACUGGUGUCUGCUGUGUGACUGGUGUGUACCGUGUACGUGCGGUUAUGCAGUUGACUGGACCGCCCCACCCUGAAAUGAUGCGGACUUGCUGUUGCCGAUAUAAGUGUUCCAGGUCUGCCUUGGCGACGACUGCUGAAAGGAAUGAGAACGCUACGAUGCCGCCUUGUGGCGCCCUUGCUGCAUCGGCCUGCCCCUGCUUGUAAGGUCGCAAUGUA